AUGUCCUCCUUGGCGCUUUUCGGGGACUGGGCCCGGGCCAGCGCCUUCCUGGCGGAGCUGCAGCGAGGGCAGCUGAGACCCACGGCGCCUUUGGUCACCGCGGUCCUGGCCUCCUUCCACCCAGCCUGGCCGAGAGGUCUUCGCCUUUUCUCACAGCUGCGGGAGGUGACGCUAAGGCCCGAUGCCCCCUUGAUGAACGCUACGAUCGGCCUCUGCGCUGCUGGCCAGGCCUGGCAGUCGGCUUUGGGCUUCCUGGAUGGAAUGCUUGGUGCUGGACCCAGGCCUACGGUGGAGUCCUUCAAUGCAGUGGCCAGUGCAUGUGCAACCGCCUCCCACUGGAAGGCCGACUGCUCAGAGAUCCAUUUAGCCGAAUUUAGCCCGAAGGAAGACUAUGGAGUCCGGAAGCGGCCUUUGCGAGUGGCCAGCCCGCACCGGCGAAGAAUUCUUUACAUCAAGCUGCUCUGGGCGGCCUGCCUUCAGCGGCAAAGAAUCAUUUGGGGCACCAUCAGGCGGCCAGUGUCACUGGCAAAGAACAUCCAGGCCUCUGCGGGCGGCCACUUCGGAGAAGUCUGCUCAGCUGAGCAGAGCACGCAUGAAGCGGACUAUUGCAAGUUUUGCCCAGAGGAGAAGCACAAGAAGGAUAAGUGCGAGGCAUCUCACCAUCUGAGGAAGCAUAAGAAAAAAAGUUGCCUUGUGAUCACUUCGGAGAGCCAAUGCUGGAGUGCGGUUUGUCCUUGUGCCAUGAGCAAUUAUGUGGGCAGCAUCGCGCACAAAAUCAAGCACAAGAAUAAGGAUGAAGCAGUGAAGAUACCCCUGGUGACACCCUAUCCUGUGUACGGUGGCGGCGAGACCGGCAUUUUUGAUCUCGCAACUGGUUCUCCAUUGAGUUCUUCAAGACAGGGUGGACCAGCUACCGGAGUGAAGAUCGGUGCUGCUGGGGAUUGGGGUAGUGGGACCUGCGAGGCCAACACGGUUGCCAACUUGAUGUCUCAAGACACCCCAGACCUCACGUUUCACUUGGGAGAUGUCUAUUUUGUGGGUGAUCAAGAGGACUUUCACUACAAUGUCAUGGGUAUUGAUCCUCCAUCCUACCGUCAACAGAAAGGCGUGCUCUUUCCGAAAGGAUCUCACACCACUUUCCUCAUGGCUGGCAAUCACGAGCAAAUCAGUGGCAUGAAUGGCUUGGUUUAUGCCGGCUACAAAUACUCAGGUCAAAAAGCAAACUUUGGUGCCUGGUUUAGUGACCAUUGGCGGUUCAUCGCCCUUGACACUGGCUACCUUUGCAUGCCUACACGUCCUGACGGUGAACGGAUUUUGGGCAAAGAAACACCUGCACCCCUGCCAAAUGAAGUGGUGGAGUGGCUCAAGACCACGUUGAAUUUGGGUGAUCCUACCGAUAAACGUGGGAUUGUGCUCAUGAGCCAUCAUUUUCCCUACAGUGAUUUUGAGAAGGCUUACCUUGGAGCUGCUCAACAGCUGAAUGACGUUCUGCCCGAGGACCGAACAAUUGUUUGGUUUUUCGGCCAUGAGCAUCGUUUUGCAUUGUAUGACAAGCUGAAGAUCAAGGCCAACCACAAGAACUCGCGCUUGCUUGGGCAUGCUAAGCACUUCACCUCCAAGUAUGCCUUGUAUGGUCGCAUGGUGGGGAAUGGUGGCUAUCGAAUUCAUCCAGAAGGACCCAAGCGCCACAAGAAGGAAUUGAAGAUCAAAGCCUGGGAUAUGCGCACAUAUCAAGAGAUUCCCCAUGAUCAGAAAUUGGGAUUCAAUGGCUACUUCAAGGUUUUGGUGAACGGUGACCAGCUUUUGGUCACCUAUGUUUCAGCCAAAUGCAAGGAUCCGUCGGCUGGUGGUUGCAAUGCCGGUUACAAUUUCACACAUGGAGAGGUCUCGGCCAAUGAGACCAUCACAGUCCAACUGGAUAGUGGGAACUUGACCCAGGAAUGGCACUAUGUGAAUACGGACAUCCUCAGCACAACGGGUGCCGCCACAGGCACCGAGGAUCUCUAUGCUACUCCAGUUCCAUGGGACGCAGAUCCCACGAAGCAAGGAGUGAUCUACAACUCUGAGCACACCAGCAUGGACUGA